ACCAGUAGCAGUUUCCCCCCCCCCCAUUGGAGUACUAGUGACUUGUGAGCAUCAGCAGUCACCGCGGAGCACUUGUGUCAGAAUGUUCAAGAAAGUGCUGAUUGUGUAUGCCCAUGAGAGCCCUGCCUCUUUCAAUGCUGCUGCCAAAGAUGCUGCUGUGGCUGCUCUGACUGCUCAAGGCUGCACUGUAGAGGUGUCUGACCUGUACGCCAUGAAGUUCAAAGCUGCUGCUACAACUGAGGACAUCACUGGUGGAUUGAAGGAUGCUGAGAACUUCUGCUACGCAAAGGAGAUCAAACUGGCAUCAGAGGAGGGCAGACUUGCAGAAGACCUCAAAAAAGAGCAGGAGAAGCUCAAGGAGGCAGACCUUGUCAUCUUUCAGUUCCCCAUGUACUGGUCAUCUGUUCCUGCAAUCAUGAAGGGGUGGAUGGAUCGGGUGUUGGGCUUUGCCUACGCACAGGAGAAGUGGUACAGUGAGGGGAUCUUCAAGGACAAGAAAGCCAUGCUGUCCUUCACCACUGACUGUCCUGAAUCUGUGUACAGUGACACUGGCAUCAAUGGUGACAUCAAUGUCAUACUGUGUGAUGUGGAAGACAUCAUGCCUCAUCCCUAUUCCAAAGACGCCACGUCCCAGUGGCCCCCAGGAUUACAGGCACUGACCUCCGACAUCAUGAAGACCCUGGAAAGGCUCAUCCUGGACCAGCUGCGACCCAUUGUCAGACCACAUCUGGAUCCCCUUCAAUUUGCUUAUCAGCUUCGUCUCGGAACAGAGGACGCCAUCAUCUACCUGCUCAAUCGUGUCUACACCCAUCUGGACCAGCACU